GGUUAUACAAGGAAGCAUUUAAAGAUUGAAAUUGCCAGUGAUGUGUGUCAGUCCUUUCAGAAGCUCAGCUAGACCCUGGUCUCACCAUGUUUAUCCGCUGUGAACUGCUGACACUGAUACUCGCGCUGACUUUUGGUGGACAAGUUCAUACAGGAAAAAUCAUUGGAGGUCAAGUGGCACAAAGCAGGCCAUACAUGGUGCUUUUGGAGUAUCAUGAGGCUGGUCAAAUAAAACACUGCGGUGGCUUCCUUCUGAACGCGGAUUUUGUGAUGACUGCAGCCCACUGCCAUUCAGGUUCUUACAAAGUCUCACUAGGAGUUAACAAUGUCUCGAACAAAAGUGUGGAGAAAUCAUAUCCACAUGAAGACUACAAAGUGGGUGAUUUAAGAAAUGACAUAAUGCUUCUUAAGUUGAGCUCCCAGCCAAUCCUCAGCAAAAGUGUGAAACCCAUUGCUAUCGCAUGCAAAGAUGAUGAAUGUCUGCCAAAAUCCUGUUCGACCUCCGGCUGGGGGAGAACAGACGAGAACGAAAAAUUCAUGUCUCGUGUACUCAUGGAAGCUAAUGUAACGCUAAUCGACAAUAAGCAGUGUAAUGAGGACAAAUUGUACUGCUCUAAGGGAGAGCCUAGACCAGCAGAGGGAGACUCUGGUGGUCCACUGGUCUGCGAAGGUGAAAAGGCAUACGGGGUGGUGUCCGCGGCCUUCAAAUACAACACCACAGACAGCCCGGUAUUGUACAGUUAUACUAAGAUUGCAGAGUACAGAAACUGGAUCCAUUCGAUUAUGGGAAGCUCCGAUACCUGCAACAACUGAUCGAUUAAACCUCGAUGUUUAAAUGUGGUGUUUGUUGCUUAGCAAAUUGAAAGCAAGAACAUAAAGGUUAUUUCAAAGCUCAACUAUAUUCAAGAAGCUUUUCAUGGUACAAGGCCUGAAAUGUAAAAAAUGUAGUGUAUGCUGCUUAAUGCUGUUUAAUGGAUGCAAUGUCUAGAUUAAUAUUGACCUCUACCACUUUAUGCAUCUUCUUUUUGACUUGAUGAGAACAUAAGACCCUCCAAGUUUGUUUUGAACCAUCUUUUUAAACAAUAAAAUCAUGUUGCUGUUGCUCUCA